GAGCAGGGGAGGGGGCGGGGUUUGUGUAGGAAUCCGGGGACAUGAGUUAGGAGGCAGUGGUGGAGUCUCCUGGGCUAGAGUGGACCCUUACAAUGUCAGUUUUUCGCACAGGUGUUCUGGUCUUAACAUCACCACUCUCUGCCUUGUCUUUGCGGCUGGCACCCAUUUUAGCUUCUGCAGCCAAAAUUGUCCAAGACACACUGUACGUACAUUUCCAACCUGGACUUCACUUGACUGGCUCAUCUCAGCCAACUUCCACCUACAUACCAGCCACAACAGAGGUAUGCAGCCUCAUCUCAAAACUCUACACAGAUGCAGAUGUCCACAACAACCUUGAUGUCCGUGUCCUCUUAACUAAUAUUAAAACCCAAAGUAACAACCAGCAUAUUCUAUCUUCUGUGCAGAACCUUUCUCACCCACCAGAAGUGGUUCUCACAGACUUUCAGACAAGUGAUGGUGGUCAAUAUAACCCAGCCAAGCAACAGUUAGAGCGUUAUGCAACAGCCUCUUACAGUUGUGAGCCUAACCUGAUAUCCGUGUUGUUGUACCCAGAGUAUGAACUCCCCAAUGAAGAGAUUUUUCCUGAAGGAUUGAAUGGAGACGGUGAACCUCUUGAAAGUCAUAGUGAUGUAGUAGUUGGUGGAACAUUUGAUAGACUUCACAAUGCUCACAAGAUCCUGCUAAGUGUAUGUUGUUUGUUGACUCAACAACGUCUUCUCAUUGGUGUUGCCGACAAAGAGCUUUUAGAUGACAAAGUUCUGAAAGAACUGAUUCAGCCUUACGAGCAGCGGUUGGAGAAUUUGUCUCAGUUUUUGGUUGAUGUGAAGCCGUCUCUGUUGUAUGACAUCGUGCCCAUCUCAGAUCCGUAUGGUCCCUCAAUCACAGACCCGAAGUUGAAAUGUAUUGUGGUCAGUGAGGAAACACGCCGAGGAGGUCUAUCUGUAAACAAGAGGCGUCUGGAAAAUGGACUCUGGGAGUUGGCCAUUCAUGAGAUCCAGCUGAUUAAAGAUCCUCUUCACUCUGCCAACGAGGAAGAGAAAAUCAGUUCGUCCAGUUUCCGGAACAGAUUACUAGGAACUCUACUUGUUCCUCCAGCUGGGAAUCCCACUAUCCCUGCCCAGCCAUAUGUUAUUGGACUCACAGGAGGAAGCGGCAGUGGCAAAUCAUCUGUCGCAAAACGUAUGGAAGGUUUGGGAGCUUAUGUGAUGGACUGUGAUAAAUUAGGACAUCAAAGCUACAAACCAGGCGGCCCAGCAUACCAGAAAGUUAUUGAGGCAUUUGGUUCAGAUAUACUUUGUCCAGAUGGUACAAUUGAUAGAAAAGCCAUUGGGAGCAGAGUUUUUUCCAGUAAGGACCAAUUGAAAAGGCUAACUGAUAUCGUAUGGCCGGCUAUAGCCAGCCUGGUGAAAGAAGAUGUGGCUAACGCUGCUGCUCAAGGUAUGUCUGUAUGUGUCUUGGAUGCUGCUGUCCUCCUGGAAGCUGGCUGGAAUGAAAUGGUACAUGAAGUGUGGACAGUAGUCAUACCAGAAAAAGAGGCAGUAACACGCAUAAUGAACAGAGAUGGAGUCAGUGAGGAAAAUGCUAAGAACAGACUGGCCAAUCAGAUGUCAAACAGUGAAAGGGUGGAGAAAUCAAAUGUAGUCCUCUGCACUCUUUGGGAACCUGAAGUGACACAAAAACAGGUACAGAAGGCUUGGGAUCUCCUCCAGAAUCGCAUCGACCAAGAGUCACAUGUUCCAAAUGACAAACCUUUUUUAAAGUCCAGAUUUUAAACUAGCAUGGAAACAAAAUCUAGAUACCUAUUAUUGAUUGAUCCUUGUGUUCUGUCGCUGUUUAAUCUCGUAAGAAACUAGGGAGACAGAACAUAUCAAAUUCUCGAGACAGAACAUAUCAAAUUCUCGAGACAGAACAUAUCAAAUUCUUGUUUUACUAUUCUGAAACUUUAAGGUGAGUUCUUAAAUGUAAUUGUGGUAUUUGCAUUUAAGAUAUAUUUUAAUUUGGUCAGAAUCUACUUUAAUAUCCAAAGCUGGUAUAGUUUCUCAUCCCUCAUGAGGUAACGUGUGGUUGUCCAGUUGAGUAAGACUAAACAUUCUUUAUGUUAACCCACUCUAGCCUCUCAGGAUUUUAGGAUUUCUUUUUUUAAAACUCCAUAGGCAUCAUAAAAUCUUCAUCUCCUUGAAGUGGUUAUGAUGGCUGGAGUGUCCUGGCGCCGGCCCUUCAUUCACUUUUAAACUUACAGUUUACUUAGUUUAUUGAUGAACUUGGGUCCCAGCUACCCACUGUACCUCUCAGAUGCGUCUGCUUUGGUUAACACUUCCAUAUUAAGCCGAGCAGCUAUGGAGAUCACUGAUAGGCUGAUAGCAUCAUUUGAGCACUUUUAGCCUAUUACUGCAUGUGCAUUGGACAUCAGUUAUAUCCCAAGAGUGCUCACAUGGCUCUCUCAGUCUAUCACUGCCCCCAUAACUACUCUCGGGGAAGUGUAGGGGUGGGGUGGCAAGUAGGCACUACAGGUGGCUGUUGACCCUAGUUCACUGUUAAACUGUAAGUGAACGGUUUAGCAGUGUACCAAGGCACAGUGCUAGCUUACUCCAGCCAUCAUAACUACUUCAGAGAGGUGAAGAGAUUAUCAUGCCCUGAGUGUAAAUCAAUCAGAAUGAUUUUCACAAGGAUUUGUGUUUAAGGAACUCUGCACUGCUUAAAGGUGGAAAACUGUCUUGAAGAACAAAAUAAUCUAAAAGUCAGCUGUCAAAUGUGUGUGUGUCUGAUACAAUCCAUGCACUUUGACCAUGUAAUAUAGCUUACAUAAUAUGUGCUUUAACCAACUUCAGUCUACACAUGUGAUAGCCAGCAAAACCGUUUAUAGUCACAACAAUCAGAAACCAUUUAAUUUAUAUAUUAACUAUAUUAUGCUCUAGUGAUGAUGAUUGGGCAGGUCUAGCAUAUAAUCUGUGUAUUACUUUAUGUAUCUUUUGAGCCCUCAAACCCCUUUUCAAGAAUCAUAAAAAAUGCCAUCCAUUGAUACUAUUCUGUCCAGUAUGUAAAGGACAUGCAAGAAGAUAUUCACAAAAACAGGAACGGCUGAGAAUUCAGGAGAGAAUAGCAUAUGCUAGACUAAAAUAGUUGAGCUGUAAAAAGAACGGAGUUGAAGAUUUUUUUGAACGGAGUUGAAGAUUACCUUCUCAAUUGAUCACAAUUCUACCAUGAGAGAAAAAACAAAACGCUGAAUCUCUUUAAUAUUGAAAUCCUUUUAAAAGAGCAUUGCAAGCGCUGUAGUGGUUAUGGUGCCAGGAGUGCCGUGGCGUCUCACUAGCAAUAAUAGUGGAGGCAGAAGGCAGCGCCUGUCAGACUUCAGGUAAGAAGUCAAACCGUUAACAAACGGGGUGCCAGGGGACCCUUGGGACCAUAAUCAUUCAGUCUGUUGCAGUAAGGAAGAUGCUUGAAGUGUUCUUUUAAAAGAUACUUUAUUUUUGAAAAUGCAGAACUGCAGCUUUUGUAUGUGAAUGGGAGAGAUGUAUGCUUCUAAUGAGGUUUUAGAGCAAUGUUUAGAUCAUGAACUGUUCAUCAGAUUUCCAGAUAUAAAGUAGGACCUAUAGUA